AUGUUAAAAGUGGUCACGGAUAAAAGGCACUGGGGAGAGACCAUCCCUACAUCGUGGGUUCAUCUAGAGGCACUUUUAAUGAAAAUCAAAGAAAGACAAAAGGUUUUGCAAAAGACAGUCCUCUGGGAUACUUUGUCAUCUAAAUCAGAUCAACAAAUCUUGGAAUUUGAAGGGGAAGAAGAUAUGACGACAGCACUGAAAUUUUUUAAUAACAUUGGCGUUAUUCUCUUCACUACUUCCUCAGAGUCCAUCAUUCUUGACGUACAAUGGUUUGUGAAUGCCUUCAAGCACAUCAUCACAGAUGAAAGUCACGCAAAGCUGGAUAUGGUAAAAAAUUUCAAAGAUUGGGAUAACUUCAAUAAGAAUGGAAUUUUGCCAAAUAAACUUGUGACAGAAAUAUGGAAGUUGGAUAUAUGCAAGGAAUUCAAGUACAUGGAAUACACGAAGGACUUAAUUUGUCACAUGAUCAACCUUGGGAUGAUUGCUGAAAUGGAAAAGGAUGAAAAAUACUAUGUUCCGUGUAUGAACAAACAAAAAUAUGACAUAAGUGUCUUAAAAAAAUGUAUUUGUUCUUCCACUCUCUGCUUCAUAUUUCAAUAUCUACCAUUGGUAAUUUUCCAUCGCUUAGUUGCUAGAUGCAUAUCAAAAGAAGGCUGGAGAAUAUGGGAACACAACGAUCAGACGAACACCGAUGACACAAACUAUUGCUUGUUUCACACUGCUGCCAUACUACAAGACAAAGAUGGGGUCAAAAUUCUAAUAGGGAUAUCAGAAAACAAAAAUAAAAAACUUACAUAUCGUUAUUCUAUAGAAAUACAGGGAUUUGUUCUCCAAGGUAAAGAGAUGCAAGCACAGUUCACAAGAAGGAAACGAGAAAAAAUAAUAGAUCAUAUAAACGAUUUAACUUCAUGUUUUGGAGCAAAUUAUGACUUGACCUACAGGAUUGGAUAUAGGUGUUCAAUCGCCCCAUUUUCUGACACUCCUACUUCCCACAUUAUUCUCGAGACUGCAGAUGAAUGUAACCCAUGCAGGGAAGGCGUAGAUAUCAACCACCUGAGAUCAUUUUGGAUGGUUGACGCUGCAUCGGAAGAUAACGCAGUCGACAAUAAUGAAGAGAAACACAAGAAAAAUGUGGAUCAAGACACUGUAGCACAGCGGACCAUAGAACACGCUGACAAACCCAACACACUCACCUCAAACGACGAACAGAGAGAUGGAUAUGAAGAAAAUAGUAACCCUCCUACUGGAAACGACGAGGAAUCCCAACCACUUACAUCAAUCGACGAACAGAGAGCUGGAUAUGAAGAAAAUAGUGACCCUCCUGCUGGAAAGGAUGAAGAAUCCCAACAUAUCCAUCAUUUUAUGGCGUCAUAUUCAUCGUCAGGAUAA